AUGGCGGAUCUUUCCCCCGAUACCUUUCACGAGCUACAUAGUCACUCGGACGAUCCAAGAUGGUUCCAGCCAUCAGAAGAGGAAAAGAACCUCCCUGAUACCCUCGACCCUUGGUCCGAGCAAGUGAGGCAUGCCAAGUACAUGUCGUACUUGUUCUGCGCCUUGGUGAUCGUCGGUGCGUUGAUCCACGGACUUCGUCUGGCACGCCAGGUGUAUCCACGCGUCGGUCUGUUCGUCAACAAAAUACCAGGUGUCACAUUCCUAGCGGCCGUCUGCCGUGGUGUGGGCUACUACAAGUUUCGCUGGGGCAAGUGGCAGUCACCUCCGGGCCAGUACUUGGUCAUUAGUGCAGCCUUUAUCAUCGGAGUAGUCGUGUGGGCUUUUGCCUUGACACCGCACUACUUUCCUCAUAACGAAGACGGCUCACCACCAUUGGCGAUCCGAACUGGCAUGAUGGCUAUUGGCAUGAUACCAUUCAUUUUUGCCAUGGCCCUCAAGUUUAAUCCCAUUUCACUAUUGACAGGGAUCCCGCACUCGCACAUGUUAUUCUACCAUCAAGUGGCAGCCAUUGUGCUCUUGUUUCUCUCGAUCGUGCAUACAGUGCCUUUUGUUUGGCAAGCGUUACGCGAAGAAGGAUACGAGCGACUCAAGUACAUUUGGUCUGACUCGUACUCGAUCUACUGGUCCGGCACCGUGGCGAUAUUCUUCUUACUUUGGAUCGUCAUUUCGAGUCUCGGCAUCUUUCGAUGGUUGAGCUACGAGUUUUUCGUGGUACAACAUGUCAUUUCGUUCACGAUUAUGAUGGCGUGUCUUUUCGUCCACGUUCAAGAUCUUCUUAACGCGCAUGUCUGGCUAUGGGCUACGGUGGGUAUUUGGAUCUUUUCAAUUUUAAGUCGCUCUUUGAUGGUGUUGUUCUCCACGGAAUUUUUCACCAGCGGUCGCUCAGAAGUCGAGGUGUCUGCCUCGGUCGGACACUCGCAUGCUGUGGUGCAGGAAGAGCCUGCCAAGUUCAUUCGCAUGAGCUUUGUGACACCGCUGCGCUGGCGUCCAGGACAACAUGUGUUUGUCCGCUUUCCUGGAAUGGCUGCUACGCAGGCGCAUCCAUUUACAUGUCUGUCGCUUCCGAGCUAUUCGCCCCACUUGCCCAACAAACUCGUGCUACUGGCGCGUGUGCGCAAAGGCAUCACACGUCACAUUCACAACUACAUAAUGAAGCAUGGUGUGGAUGAGACCAAAUACAAAGACGACGAAAUGUCAAGAGUCGUGUCGGAAAGCAGUUCAAAUGAUGUGAAAAAACCCAUCUCUGAUCGCACGCUAUAUGGAACCGAGAAAGACGUGUCGGAUAUCCGCUCAAUGAGUUUGAUAACGGCCUUAGAUGGUCCUUAUGGAUAUACAUACAGCCUGGAUAUCUAUCAACACUCCGUGCUGUUUGCCGCCGGAUCGGGCAUCACGUUCUGUUUGCCCCAGGUGACAGACCUUGUGCGCCGCGCCGCGCUCGGCAAGACAAGGUGUCUUACCAAAAGUGUGCGCCUUUUAUGGUGCAUUCGAACGUACGACAUUAUCCAUUGGGUUCGUUCAGAACUGCUGGAAUUGGCAUUAUUAGCAGAGAAAGUGCCCUUUGAUGUGGUGGUGGAACUGUACGUGACGCGCGAACUCAACGAGCACGUUGAUCCUGAUUUUGGAAAGCUCAUGAGGGUAUACUUCGGUCAGCGUCCAGACAUAAAGACAGUGAUCGGAACGGAGGCUCAGCAUGCCAUAAAGUGCGAGUCACAGAGCCUGUCCGUAUCUCUGUGUGGUCCGAGCUCGUUUUCCAGCGAGGUGGCACGUGCUGCAUCCGCGCUGAAUUGGAGCAUAGCUUUUGGCCGAUCAGGAUCUUUGCGUGACGUGCACCUCAUAUCAGAAUCAUACAAAAUGUAA